AUGAAACCAAACCUUAACCCCUCUUUCAAAAUGAAAUGCGAUUUUGAUUGUACGUCUCUUCCUGCUGGGUUUGCACCACUGAAGUCUACUGUGGAGAAAACAAGACUGGAAGAAUCCUGCUCCUUGAAUUGUAAGGAAGACUUUUGUAAAAGCUGUGCUGAAGAGCAUCAGAAAAUACUCCUUAGUGACUCAUACCAUGCGGCCACCAGAAAUCUAGACCUUGAAGAUGAAGGAAGACCUAUACACAACAAAGAAAACAAACAACUAACCCAGACACUUGAUGAAGGUAUCUAUGAAAUGGAGGCACUGGAAAACAGUAAAUUUAAUGAGGACAGUGGUUAUUCCUCUAUGUUAAGUAACCAAUACGCUGAUGCAGUAGAACAUGACGAUAGUAUACCUUUGGCUGGGAAUCUCUGUGACACACCAAAGCAUUGUUUCAAGAACCAAAACCAAGCACAGUUUUCAAAGAAGACUUUGUUGCCGGUAAUCCAUUAUGAAGAAAUGAUUUGCUCAACUUUGAAAAAAAAUGGGAAAAGAAAUCUCAAGUCUUGGGCUGUGGUAGACAGAAUUGUUUUUAGAGGAAAGGUUGAACUUUGUAACCUAAUUGGAAAGAAAAUGGGAUUAGACACGAUAGACAUUCUUGCUGAACUCUUCCAAAAGAACCUGAAGCAUAUAUUAGCAAACAUCUUAAGGCAUCUCGGUGAGAUGGAUUUAGUAAAUUUUGCCAAGGUCAGCACAACAUGGCAGAAGAUUCUACAGGAAGAUAAAUGUAUUUUCCAAAUAUAUAGUAAAGCUGUGAAAAACCUUUCUAAUGGCGCUAAGGCAUCAGAACAUGUUGCAACAAGGGAAUAUGUUCUCUACCGAGCGGCUCUAGCUUCCAUUCAGAAAGCAACCCCUCCAAAAAACUUGAGUAAAAAAGGCACCAGAUCCAAAGCAUCUAAGAAUCACAGCAGGCUCAUGGAGUUUUCUGAGGCUGCCAAGACCUUGAAAAACACCGAAAGCCUUAAAGUCUGCCAUCGCUGUGGCUCACCUGCAAAGUACGACUCCUACCUACACAGAGCCACCUGCAGUCGUGAAAGUUGUGGAUUAGACUUUUGCACAAAGUGCCUGUGCAGCUACCACAGCUCCAGUGACUGUACAAAUAGCAAACCAGUGAAACCCAGCUCCAAUCUAGGGCCUCUUCCUGGGACUAAGAAAAGCAAACAGAAUCAACGGAGGUUGUGAUCCAUCCAUCCAUCCAUCCCAGUACAGAUACUCAGGUGUCCCAUAACAGUUUUUUUUAGGGUAUGAACUUAUUCACAAAGAAAAUCAACAACGACAAAAACCACUUUCUGCUAUUCUAUAUUUAAAAAAAAAACGGGUUCAUUUUAUUAUUUCUCUGUACUAUUUGGUCAUGUUCAAAUUCCUAGGAAUCAUCACAAAUUAAGCAUUUUAAAAAAGCCUUACUAACCUCUAAAUUUAAAAAUUCUGGAUAUGGAUUCUGAUAACUUUUUAAAUAUUUUCCUGACAAUUUGUCUAUUGUCUUCCAGUCUUCAAAGCACUCCACAAUGAUAUUUAAUGAAAGAAAAAAGUUUUGCCACGUAGCCUUCCAUGUGUAACCCUAGCAAUUCUUGAAUGCCAGAAUGGGGAUGCGUAAAUUGUGUUUUAUUUAAAUAUUUACUCAUGUUCAAAAGUCUUUUAAAAGCAUUUAUAGUGAGGAUGCCAAUUGAGAUUAGUGAAUUUUAUGAUAAUCUUUUUUCAGGGCUUUGCCUUAAUUUUAAAUGUGAAAGUUCAUAAUACCAUUUUCUCUGAUGGUUUACCUAAUAGGAAUCUGAAAUUGUUGCCCUUGCUUCAUUUCUUCAUUCAGAAACUGCAGGUUUUCCUUGAGCUUAGGUGAAACCCUUUCCAAUUUAAAAAAAGUACUGUAUCUUGACUAAAAAAAAUACUUUGUCAGUGUUUUCCAAAUAGUAGGAUUUUUAAUAUUUGUAUAUAUUUGUAAAUACUACUUUAAAUAUUAUUCAUGUGUGUCUUGUAAAUGUGAAAAUAAA